CGAAAUUUCAGAAUUGUACGACCGUUUGGGAACGAGCAAGCGAAACGAACGUGAUCGUGCGAAAGAAGUAAAUAUUGCGCAGUUUUGUGUAUUUUCUUCAGCAAAUCUUUCUUUGCUUUUGCGCGCACGACUACGUAAAAAACACACAUCUGUUCUCGAGACUGCAGCUGUCUUUCGACCGAUUUAAUGAGAUGGAGAAUACAUUGGAUUCAAUUCAUCCAUCAGAAAAUCCGGAAAUGUCUUAUUUAUUUGGCAGAGAUCCAAGUAUCUUAGCAUACAGUCAGAGGCCAUUUCCAUCAAAAGAUACAAGGAAGAAUUUACUUUCAUUGUACGAAGUGGAAGAAACCAAUUCCACCAAUGAAAAUACAUCUGAACGUUCUGACUCACAAACCUUACAAACCAUUAAGGUAUACCUUCGACUUAAACCAUUUCCAAAGAAAUCAAAAUUAACCGAGGAACAGCAAGAAGCAUAUAAGAUCAUAGACUCUACUACAUUGGUUACAAAAUUACCAAUAUUGGAUAAUAAUACAAGUUGUAUUAAGCAAUCAAAAAGUAAUGAGACUGUAUGCAGGAAAUUUACCUUUUCCCAAACAUUUGGGCCAGAAACUACCCAAUUGGAAUUAUUUGAGCAAUCAGUACAGCCGCAAAUGAUUGAUUUCUUAGCUGGACAUAACUGCACUAUAAUGACAUAUGGGACUACAAAUUCGGGAAAAUCAUAUACAUUGCAAGGAACCACUACUUCACCUGGACUAAUACCACGUGCACUGGAAUUUGUAUUUAAUAAUAUUACUGCAAGACCAAAUCCAGCUUAUAAACCUUUGCACUAUUGUGAUGUAGUGACUCUUGAUGCACUUGAACGUGCACAGGAACUUGAAGCAAAAACUAAAUUGCUAACAUUUAGCUCUGUGGAUAAGCAUCAGUAUAUGAAUUCCUAUAAACAAAUGGAAAAAUUAUUGCAAGAAGAAUCAAUUCGCCCUAGUCAAUGUUAUGAUGCUCAUUAUUCAGUAUGGGUUUCAUUUGCAGAAAUUUAUAAUGAAAUUGCAUACGAUUUAUUGUCGAGUGAAUGCCAAAAAAAGAAGAUGCCUUUAAAAUUGGGAGCAGACUCUACUGGCAGAGCAUUUAUCAAAGGAUUAAAAACUAUUUAUGUGAAUUCAGCAGCGGAAGCUUAUCAGAUUUUGAUGGCAGGACAAUAUAAUUUGAAAAUAGCCGGAACUGCAUUAAAUGCAAAAAGUUCUAGAUCUCAUUGUAUAUUUACAAUUAUAUUGUUAAAAUAUUAUGCAGAAAGUUUACCUGACAAAGUUGAAGUGAGCACAUUUUCUUUUUGUGAUUUGGCGGGCUCGGAACGUUUGAAGAAAACAUUGAACAUUGGGGAUAGAUUGAAAGAAGCGCAAAAUAUUAAUACUAGUUUACUAGUAUUAGGCAGAUGCUUAAAAUCUAUUCACGAAGGACAAUUAACAAGAACGAAAACGGAUGCUAUCGGACCGUUCAGAGAAUCUAAAUUAACCAGAUUAUUUCAACGUGCAUUAUCAGGAAAGGAGCAUCUAGCUUUGAUUGUUAAUGUCGAUCCUCUACCAAACUUUUAUCUAGAAACUCAAAAUGUCUUAAAUUUCGCUGCUAUUGCGAAAAAAAUUGUUAUAGAAAAGAAGAAGCAAAUACAGAAGAAAUUAAAAUCUAGGUUUUCGCAAAUAAUUACACAAAAUAUACAAAAAGUAAUUGAUUGGGAUUCAACAGAAUUAGAAAGUGUAGACUGGCAGCAGACAGACAGCGCGGAAGACGUAGUUUCGCAAUAUGUUACUUCAGAAGAAUAUCUAGAUCUCAUGAAUGAAAAUGAAAAACUGAGAAAGGAAGUUGCUAGUUUAAAAAAUUCAGCUUUAAUCCGAGAUUUUCAAAGUCGACAGGAAAUGGCUGAGAAGUACAUUACGAUGAUAAACGAUCUCGAAGUUGAUUGGAAACAACGUAUUAAUGAUGUGGAAACUCAACAUGAAGAUGCUCUUGAAUGGUCUGUGAAACAAGUUGAAGAAUUUUACAAGCGAAAGUUAAAUCAAUUACGUAAAAAUAAAAGGAGUCGUAGCGAUUAUGAUGAUAAUGAUGAGAUUGAAGAGAUUGAUCUUGAUUUAACUUUGGAAGAAAUAGGUAGAAAGAAUGUACAAUUGAGAGAAAAGAAUGAAACUUUGAAGAAGAUGUUAACUGAACUAAAAGUAACAAAUGAAACUUUGAUCGUAGAAAAGAAUAAAGUUUCUUUUGAGUUGGGACUAUCAAAAGAGGAUUUAAAAGUAGCGAAAAGUCUUUUAGAAGCUGCUCAGAAAGAUAUUUGCUUUAAUCAAGAAGGUGAAGCUUAUAUAGAAAAAAUUACAUCACAAUUGCUUGCUAAAGAGGACCAAGUAAAAAAACUCAAAGAAUUUCUCAAUGAAGCAAAGGAGGAAUAUAUUACUAUUAAUUGUGACUUAAGAAAAAAAGAUAAUUGUAUUGAUGAGCAAGCAAAGACUAUAAUUGAAAAUGAAGAAACAAUUGAAGAUUUAGAAUCACAACUUGAACAAGCUAAUAUUUGUUUGACAGAAAAAACCAGAGUAGUUGAGCUCCUAGAAGAAAGACUAGAAAGCCAAAGUGAAAAAUUAUUCGAUGCUAAGGACCAAAUAUUACAACUGCAAGAGGAAAUUACUCAAUUGAAGAAGGAAAAGUCUAAGUUACUUGAAUCUUAUUUAGAGCAACCGGCACCAAAGGUAUCUGUUCAAGAUGAAUAUCAAGAGAUUAUUGUGAAAGAAGAAUUGAUUAUCGACGAUGUAUCAGAUUUGGAUAAUACUACAGAAAAUAUGCAGGAAAAAGCAAAUGCAAAAGAAUCUGAUAAUAAAACUGAAGAAAUUGAUUCAAAUUCUAUAGAAAAGUCAGAAAGAAAUUCUAAAGAACCACAAACUUUGCCAUCCAAUAUUAAAUAUAGUAAACCUAUACAAACAUUUGUGGAAACAGGUUGCCAGACAGACAUAACAAAUGAUAAGAACUACGAUAUUGAAAAUAAGAUGGAAAAAGACACUCAGACUAUUGCAACUAUAACAACAGAGGAAGAUACUCAAACUAACGAAGUACCUUUAUUAAGAGAAGAAGCCGUACAGACUGUUGAAGUUGAUGAUGAUGCAAAGUUACAAUUGAUAGAACUAAGUAUGCAGUACAAUGACAUCCAAAGACAACAUGAAGAGGAAUGUUUAAAAGUAAAAAAACUAACCGACGAUUUAGACGAUAUAAAGAAGACAGUGCAGACUUUAAAAGAAAAAGAUUGCUCGAAUAAAACUAUUAUGGAUGAAUAUAAACAUUCUAUGGAAGUACUUGAAAAACAAUUGUCACUUACUGCAGAAGAAAAACGAAAAGUGGAAGAAAGUUUGUUAAACUCUAAUAAGCUUUCAGAACAAAAGAUUACGGAUUACAAACAUGAAAUUGAUAGAUUGGAGAAGGAUCUUUUAGUUUCACAGAACAAUGCAAAAGAAUAUUUGGAGAAUCUGGAAACGAUUCGGAAAGAAUUUGAUAACUAUAUAUUUAAAUGCAAACAGGAAAAAGAGACAGGCAUUUAUAAACAAAAUAAAUUUGUUUCAGUAAAGGAAAACGAUAAUAUAGAUAUAAUAAAUUCAAAACAAAUUGAUAAACAUGCAGAGGAUGUAUUGGAAUUGGAAAAAAGUCUAAAUACUAUAGUCGAGUUAAAGGAUAACAUUGUGCAGUUAAAUAAGAACAUGGAAAUAUGUCAAAUGGAGAAAGACAGUAUGCAAAAGGAACUGGAUGAGAAUAAUAAGAGACUAUUGGAAUUUGAAAAUCAAUUAAAGGAAACAACUUUCAAGGAACAAGAAAAAGAUACCGAGAUCAUAACUUUACAAAAAGAAUUGAAGCAAAUGAUACAAAGGAACGAAAAUACUGAGAUAAUGGAGGCGGAGUUAAAAAGCACUAUAAACGAAUUAACCCAAGUGAAAGAGAUGCUUGUACAAAAGGAGCAAUACGCCAAGGAGUUAAACAUUCGUUUAGAGAAUGCUGAGAGAAGCGCAAAAAUAUUUAAUUUACUCGAGGAGAAUUCAAAGGAACGGCACCUAGAGAAUCAACGAUUACGAGAUAUAAACGACGAACUAAGAAAUAAUUUAGCACAAAAAGAACGCGAGAUGGAGGCUUUCAUGAAGAAUAGAGACGAGACGAUGAUUAAGUAUGAAAUCUUGGUGAAGGAGAAACAGGAGGAAUUGGAGAUGCAGAAGAGGGAAGUGAUGAGUUAUCAGAAAUUAUUUCACAGACAAUUAACACCUACGCCAAAUAAAGACGAUUAUAAGACAUUGCAGAACCGUAUAGAGAUUCUUCAGGAUAGAUUGAAGAAGUACGAAAUUACUGCUAGUACAAAAGCAAAGGGCGAUUAUGCUACUACGUCAGAAGACGAAGGACUCUCCGCUCAACGCCAACCCAAACGACGUGGGAGGAAACCUGUUAAACAAGAGGAUAUUCCUGUCAUAGAGUUAUCUGGUUCCGAAUCGAAACGUAGCACGAAACAUGUCGCUUUGCCGCCACCGGAAGUGUCGGUCGAGAAGACUCGUACUCGUAGAAAGAAAUUAUUCCUCGAGAACGAGUCGUUCACAGACAUCGAACCUUCCCCUUUUCAGUCGUUCGGCGAAAAAAUAGCAUCGAUUAUGCAGAGGCCCGGACAGGACCCUGUUGCCAAGGAUGAUGUGCCCUGGUGGAUGAAAUAUGCUGGACGUGGACUCGGUACCGUAGGCAGUAUAAUCGCAAUUUUUCUUGGAGCUUGGAAUUGCGCCUCAAUACUUUUCGGUCAGAUCGACUGCUUAAUUAGUGGUAUGUGGCAAAUGAUAGCCGGUUUCCUAGUUGUAAUGAUUGAAGCGCCUUGCUGCUGCUUGUUCAUCGACUUUGUACAAAAUUUAAGUGAUUGGGUGGAGAAGAAACCGUAUUGGAAUAGAGCAGCCGCUUAUUGUUUAAUAGCGUUGCCAGCAGUCUUCCUAUGUCCAGGAAUGAGUAGUAUAUUUGGCAGUGGUUUGAUAUUUACGACGGGUAUAAUAUAUGGAUUGAUGUCUCUGGGCAAAAAAGGGGCCAGGCCCGACCCGGCAGGAAUGACGUCGGGCGUGGGUUCCCCACAGGGUACAGUGCCUCCUACUACAGAUCACCAUACUACUCUCAUGGAGGAUCCUGAUGUCUGGAGGCCUACAUAAAUCAUCAAAUAUUCAUUGCACCACUUCACUAACCAGGGCACCUUUUGGCGAAAUGAGAACAGCAGCAAUGGAUAUUCCAGCUCCAUCAUCAAGCA